AUGUCCCUAAAGUACGUCGCAAGUUAUCUUUUGGCCGUUGUUUGCGGAACAGAAUCGCCCUCAAAGAAGGACAUUGAGGCCAUCUUGGGCUCUGUAGGCUCUGAAGUCGAUGAGGAGGCUCUUGAUGGAUUUUUGUCCGCUAUCGCCGGCAAGACUGUCCAUGAGGCAAUCAGCUCUGGACUGUCCAAGCUCCAGACCGUCCCAACUGGUGGUGUAGCUGUAGCAGCUGCCGCCGCUGGUGCUCCUGCUGCUGACAAGGCCGAUGCUGGCAAGAAGGAGGAGCCCGAAGCUGAGGAAGAAGAGGAUGAUAUGGGAUUCUCACUCUUUGACUAG